CACGUGGCGGGGCGAGGCGAGGCCGCUUUCUAUUUGUGUCGUCUUGCGCUUCGGAAGGUCGAAGGGCUGCCCGCGGGGAGGGCGACAACGUCCGCGGCAGGCGCGGGGAGGGGACGCUCCUCCUCGACCACGACGAGGAGAACGAGGACGAGGUCGACGAAGGGCGAAGGGCGAAGGGCGAGGGAGGAGGAGCGUCGAAGCCAGAGGCAGAGGCAGAGGCGCGCGCGCUGGGCAAGAAGAGAGAGAGCACCGCGGCCUCGAGGCGGACGAGCACUGACAUCGCGAUGGUGGCGGACGAGAAGCCGCGGCCCGCCGGCAAGAUUUCGCUCGGCGCCACGUUCGCCAGCAGCGCCUUCAGCGCCUGCUGGGCCGAGACAUGUACAAUUCCGAUAGAUACUGCUAAAGUUAGGCUCCAGCUGCAAGGAAAAGCAUUAGCCGGCGCAGAAAAUGUCGUUCCGAAGUAUAAAGGGAUGUUGGGCACUAUGGGAACCAUUGCUCGAGAAGAAGGUGUAGCUUCGUUGUGGAGAGGGAUAGUUCCAGGUCUUCACAGGCAAUGUCUCUUUGGAGGUCUUCGAAUUGGUCUCUACGAACCUGUAAAGAAUCUAUACGUGGGUAAGGAUCACGUUGGGGAUGUGCCCUUGAUAAAGAAAAUUGCCGCUGGUCUAACUACAGGCGCCUUAGCUAUAACUGUGGCAAGUCCCACCGAUCUGGUAAAGGUACGGUUGCAAGCCGAAGGAAAGCUGCCCCCUGGUGUACCACGCCGAUACAGUGGAGCUUUGAAUGCAUAUUCCACCAUCGUGAAACAGGAAGGGGUAAAAGCUCUAUGGACAGGGCUUGGUCCAAAUGUUGCGCGUAACGCUAUUAUAAAUGCCGCCGAACUUGCAAGUUACGAUCAAGUCAAACAGACUCUUUUGAAGCUUCCUGGUUUCUCUGACAACGUAGUUACACACAUACUCUCCGGCUUGGGCGCGGGAUUCAUCGCAGUGUGUGUUGGUUCCCCCGUUGAUGUGGUGAAGUCACGAAUGAUGGGAGAUUCGACUGCUUACAAGGGCACCAUUGACUGCUUCGUGAAGACUUUCAAAAAUGACGGUGUGAUGGCAUUUUACAAAGGAUUCGUACCAAAUUUCGGCCGUCUGGGAUCGUGGAAUGUGAUUAUGUUUUUGACCUUGGAGCAGGUGAAGAAAUUGUUCGUGCAAGAAAAUCCUGCCUUCGCCUGAUACGUGUCAUCUUAGACCGAUAGUGUGAAAAGGAGGAAAAUCCUUCUGAGCUGAGCAAUAAGAUUCAAUUUUGUCCCUUGUAAGCACGGAAGUAUAGUGAUCAAUUGAUUUGGCCUACAACGAAUAAAGGUUCUGUAUAUGACUCACACAUCCGGACACUUUGUUGUAGACAUUUUUCCACGAAAAUCUGGACAUAGUGUCAGAUGGAAAAUCUAUUAAAGAACAUAUUCUUCCUGCGUACUUGUU